AUGGAUUUGGAAAGUCGAAUUAAAGCCUACCGAUUUGUUGCCUAUUCAGCAGUUACAUUUUCUGUUGUAGCAGUUCUUAGUGUUUGUGUAACAUUACCUAUGGUCUAUAAUUAUGUUCAUCAUGUAAAAAGAACUAUGCAUAAUGAAGUUGAAUUUUGCAGAGGAUCAGCCAAAGAUAUUUGGUCUGAAGUAGCUACAUUAAAAAAAAUUCCAAUGAUCUCAGGAAACAGAACAGCUCGUCAAUCUGGUUAUGAUGCAGCAAUUGAAGCUGGAGCUUCUUCAGCUGGUGGUUGUGAAGCUUGUUGUGUACCAGGACCACCAGGACCUCCAGGACCACCUGGUAAACCAGGAGUACCAGGAAAACCAGGAGCACCAGGACUUCCAGGACAACCAGGUAGACCACCAGUACAACCAUGUGAACAAAUUACUCCACCACCAUGUAAACCAUGCCCACAAGGACCACCAGGACCUCCAGGACCAGGAGGACCACCAGGAGAUCCAGGUAUGAAUGGUGCACCAGGAAAACCAGGACAAGAUGGAGUAUCAGGAAAUCCAGGACCAAAAGGACCACCAGGACCACCAGGUCAACCAGGACAACCAGGAAAUGAUGGACAACCAGGAGCACCAGCUCAAUCAGAACCACUUAUUCCAGGUGAACCAGGACCAGCCGGAGAACCAGGCCCACAAGGACCACCAGGAAUACCAGGAAAAGCAGGAGCUCCAGGAACACCAGGAAAUCCAGGACCAAAAGGAGCCCCAGGAAGCCCAGGAUCACCAGGAAAUGAUGGACAACCAGGAGCACCAGGACAACCAGGAUCUCCAGGAUCACCAGGAGAAAGAGGAGUAUGUCCAAAAUAUUGUUCUAUUGAUGGAGGAGUAUUCUUUGAAGAUGGAACCAGAAGACGUUAA